AUGGUCGUCAGCUGGUUAGGGCCGCCCGCAUCGCACAAAACAUGUGCUUUGCGUCUUUCCAGCUCCCAUCGAGCCAGGAUUUCAGCAUUGUUGACAGGUAGUGGUUUUGAGUUCGCUCCUGCGUGCAUCUGUGGAUCACCUGCGACAAGUUCUUGGUGGAAUGCUUGGCCGGAGGUUCGAGAUCUUGAUAGGCCUGCACGUUUUUCAGUUGCCGGAGUUGUUUUUGCUCGAUUGAACGCCUGCAGGUUGUAUUUGCUGCCCUUCAACCGCAGCAAAAGGCUGAACGAAGAUUCUGUCAAAGCAAUUGCAGCUCAACUUUCUGAGUGCCGGAAGCGAGGUGCGGUUCUUCUCAUGACUGAGGAAGAAGUCAAGAGCUUGCAGCUGAAGUUGCGUGAGUGCUGCCUCAAAUCUCCUACCUCUGGUUUGUCCCGGGAGUUUUCUCGACUAUUUUCAGAGGUGUUGAGCUCCGCCGUGGACAUCUUCGAUGAAGUGGAUGAAGCGCUGCGAUUGAACAACGAACAAAUCUAUACCCUUGGAGAAAGACAGGCGCUGGACGGUGAAAGCCUGCGAUGGCGAGUCCAGUUUGAAGUCUUCCGCUUGCUGAAGGAAGACUCGGAAGCGAAGAAGUUGUUGGAGAAGCUCUGCAGCUUACAUGCGGCAGAACUAUACGAGCCGAAAGCCAGCACAGGGGCAGAGUUCCCGAAUUUGCGCUUUGUUCAAGUACAGCGAAGCAGCUGCCUGUGGAAGCAGCUUGCCAGCAUCCUCUGUGGGUGCCUGUUGCAGUCACAGAAGUCCAGCGCAAAUCGACUUGGCAGUCUUGGGAAGCUACCUCCAUACAUCCGCAAGCAGUUGCAAGAGUUCAUUUUGGACGCCGACUUGUCUCAAGACAAGCUGGAUGCAAUCCUCGGUUCGCCCGCGUGUUCUGAAGCUGCUGUGGAUACCACCGAGUUGCAGCAUGCAGUGUUGACUGCACGGGGGCUGUUUGCUGGUGACAUCAUGCGUGCUGCCCUUCACAAGCGGCACCGGGUCGAGUUCGGCGUGGACAAUGUCACCCAUCGCUGCAAGAUGGCUAUCCCUUUUCGCUACAAGGAUGCUCCAAGUGAGCGGACAGAGUUUGGCCACCCUGAUGUUGCCAUUGCUUUGACGCUGCGUUCCUACUACGAGGAUGGUCUCAGCCAUGAAUGCUUUCGCGAGCUGCUGGACAUGUUUGAGGAGCUUCCUGCAGCUCAGCGUGCUGAGCUCUACCAGUGUUGGUUGUUGGCAGCUGUGCAGGAGUCAGACCGACGUCCUUCAGCAGGUGAAUCGCUUGAAGAAGCAGUUGCCAAGCGGCUCGGUCUUCCCAAGAGUGCAGCUGGCCUGGUGUCGGAUGACGAGCGCUUGUUCCAGCUGUUGUGGCGACAGCUGGCUCUGAACAUGCGGGUGAUUGAGACCUAUUUGGAGGAGGUGGUGUUUCCCAAGGAGACCCGGCAGUUUCCUCACAAGGUGUCUGCCAGUGGAUGGGAUUUGGCUGCUGGGUGCUUGCGUGGGUUUUCUGGCACUGCGGACAACCGCCAAGUUCUGCCGCUGGGUGUUUGCCAGUACGAACCAGAGAGCUUGAAGCACACAGAUGGAUAUGCUCUGCGAUGCUUGCUGGAUCCUGACAUGUCAGGGCCUGCGCCAGUCGUGGGGCUUGAAGCCACCGCGGCACAGGCCAUAUUGCGUGAGCUCCUCUUAAGUUCUGCCAGCAGGUGGCCAGUUUCAGUUCUCAUUGACUCUGGGGCCUUUUUGACAGGGCUUUCCAAUCGUGCAGUUGCGGAAGCCUGUUUGGGCAUUCAGGAGUUGGCCUUCCGAGCAGUCAUCUACUUUGGGGAGGAUGGCAAGAUCUGGGUUUUGGACAGGCAGGGUAGGCAGUUCUUGCUGGCCAAAAGCCCACUCCAACCAGCGGAUCAGGGGGUCUUCACUUACUUGGAUGAUCAGCACACACUUGGAACAGAUCUUCGGUUUCGGCGUGAGGCUGUCGGUGCUGUGACAGUAAGCCGGAAAAUGACCAAGGAUCGGCUGAUGCAGGCGACCAUGCGGAUGAGGUCUCUGGGAAAGGGCCAGACAGUGGUGCUCUUCCUGAAUGGCGAAGCACGCAGGCAGGUGGCUCAGGAUGCGGGCCUCCCAGAAGAGCAGGACAUUCGCACCGAUCUUCUUCUGUUUUGGGUCGCAUCCAACACUGCGCAGCAGCUUCAAACAUCGGUCGUUCUCUGGGCCCUACAAGGCGCCAGCUUCGCUGUCCGCGAGCCUUUUGUGCAACACAUCUCUAAGGGCGCCUUUGGCUCAGGCACGGCACCUGCGGGCAUUGAAAAGCUGUGCUUGGAGCCAGAGGCUUUUGCACUUUCGGCCUACAGCCAGCAAUUGGCUCCACAGCCAGCAUGUGAGGACAUUCCAAAGCGCGCCAAGGCCGUCCUAGCAGCCACAUUCACAAUGGCAGGCCUGCGUGGUGACAAAGUGGAGGGCUUGAUGCAACAAGCCAAGAACACCAUCGACAAGCAGCUGGCCUACCUCACGAAUAAUGGGCUUCUUUUGCAGGACACCGUGGCAGUUUCAUCGAUGGACGAGGAGCAAGAGCGUGAGCGAGAACAGGAGAAGGAGCGUGAGCGAGAGGUGGAGGUUGAGCAAGAGGUGUGUCAGGAAGACCCGGAGCCGCAGCCAUUUCAGCCCUUGAAGGAGCAUGUGUGGGACUUUAGCAAGGUUCUGGAGCGAGACUUCGUUCGCAGGUGCUCGAAAAGAGACGUUCCAGGAUACCCAACCCUGCACACCGUGACGGCAGAGGUGUUAGAGCAGCAUGGGCUGUCCCUUCCACCCUUGCGCGGGUUGAGGCGCAUGCCCGAUGACAUCUUGGUCACCCAAAACUGGCUGUGCAGUGUCGCCAUAGACAGGCGCGGCACAGAAUCCGCGCAGUGCUUGCGUCCGGUGGAUGUGUUCCUGCUCUUCAAGCAGUCCACCGAAGAGCCAUAUUUCCCGAAUUUCCUCCCACGUGGCCAUCCGUUUUGCUUCAGCUACGAGCCUGGGGGUGCACCUUCAGAGGAGGCGGUGGUGCUGCUGUCGGGGAUGGAAGCCUCCCGACUCCUGCCUGUGCUGCGGCGUGGCCUGGAACGCCAGACGCGAGCUCAUGAGGUCACGGCUCUGGCAGUCCAGCUCUGCCACCUGCAUGACCCGGGCGUGGCCAUGGCGGUUUGCCCUUGGGGCUCACCUCGAGAUGUGAGCUUCCGAACCCGAGCUUUGUUAAAGCUCCUGAAUGGGGAUUCUGGCUACUGGCCCGAGGAGCGGAGUGAGCUGGGGAAGUUCCUGGGCAUCCUGGAGCCACAAACUCUCCAAGGCCACGUGGACGUGUGCAGUUCGGAGCGGGCUUCUCGGGAGGUGUGGGAUGCUUUGAGGGACAAGGACGUGCUGAGCUGGAAUGGAUUCGUGAAGCGCUUGCUCAUGCCAAGUGACUUCUUGCAUGAUGUAGACGUUCUGCCCCGAGAUUCUGAGUUGCAGGUACACAAUCUCUUGAAAGGGCUUUGCAUGCAUGGCGAAGGGAUGUCGAAUCCCAAGAAGUGCGUAGAAGAUUUAGUGAAGCUUCGCUUACAGAUUGCUUCCUACCGUGGCUCGAGCUUGGAGAACCUCCUGCUCAGCUGA